AGAGAGCCUGAAAAGAACAUAUACUGUAAUAGAGAGUUGAAACUGAUUAAUUGGAAAUUAAUAAAUUUUACAUAGAGGUCGCCCGAAUUCAUUUUGUAAACUGAAACAUACAUUAGUUUGAUUCAAGUACGAAUUAAUGACGUGUGUGUUAAGCCCCGAGGCUAUCCGAAUUAAUUCAUGGCUGGUCACUUCCUGUCAAAACGGAUGAAAUUUGUUGUUUAGCGUAAAUAGCGAAUUUUACAACAGUUAUUCAAGUAUGCCAAUAUGUAGCCAUGGAAAGAAGUAAAGAAACAUAUCGCUCAAAGAUUAGGUGAAAUGGGUUCACGAUUAAGGACGAACCCUGAGAGAAUAUUUGAAGUUUUCCUUGAAGUGGCAAAACCUGAAUGCGACAAGGAUGGAAAGGAAACCUUUAUAGUGCAGAAAUAUCCUCCAAACUACGAAGAUGAGGACACUCUCAAGUCGGUACCAAGCUUUGCUUUCCCUUGCGAGACUGACAGGUAUACGACUACAGUGGACCACUUCACCUUCGUGCUGACUGACCUUGAGAGUAAAUACAAGUUUGGAUAUUGUCGCUACGCUACAGGAGCUCAGACAUGCCUAUGUGUUGUCAGUUUUCUGCCUUGGUUCGAAGUGUUUUACAAACUUCUGAACCUGUUGGCGGAGAUGAUAAAUCGGAGCGAGGACAAUGAUGUGACUGAUCUCCUGAGAGCGGCCUAUGCCAAUGGGGUACCAAAUCCCAACCAGACCACCAAUAUUGUGGCAGGACAAGAGGAAUGGACAUUUACACCACCGGAUCCUGAGAAACUCCCCUGUAUUCCAUCUAGUAGAAACCUGACAGAGUACUUUAAUGCUGUGGACACUGAGAAGAUGAUGAUGGUUUUUGCCAGCAUGCUUAAUGAGCGCCGAAUUGUGAUAACCUCCAAGCGACUGAACCGACUGACGGCCUGCGUGCACGCCUCUGCCACACUCCUCUACCCGAUGCAUUGGCAACACCUGUUCAUUCCAGUUUUACCAGCUUUCCUGAUUGACUACCUCAGUGCACCAAUGCCAUAUUUAAUUGGAGCCCACAAAUCGCUCUUGGAGAAAGUACGAGAAAGUGAGCUUGGAGAUGCUGUAGUAGUUGAUGUGGAUGAAAACACAAUCAAAACCUGUUUUAAUGAUCUAGAGGAACUACCUUCAGAAAUUCAAUCCUAUUUGAAGAAGUACCUUAAAAAAGACAAAAUCAAUGUUGCCAUGGCAGCCUCUGGUGAUGCUAUUCCCAAAACCUUCCUCAUGUCCCUUGUGAAGUUGAUAGGUGGCUACAGGGAUGCUCUAAAGUUUCACCCUGGAGAAGAAAUCACCUUUAAUCCACAAGCAUUUGUACAGUCAAGACCAGAAUCCAUGCAACCUUUCCUAGAAAAAAUUCUUCAUCUACAAAUAUUUCAAGAGUUUAUCAAUGAGAGAUUGGAUAUGUUAAACUGCGGAGAGGGAUUUACAGACAUCUUUGAGAGAGAAGCCAUGACACGAGCUGACAAACUGAAUACUCAAUCCCGGUACAAGGACUGGCUUCAUAAUGUCAAGUCUCAGGGUAAACGAAUGCAGAAAGGAAGUAAAGAUGUUUGGGCUGACUUUAAAGAAAAGGCUGCUCCAACAGUCACCAAUAUGAUGGAUACUAUUCGAGAUAGAACAAAGAAGAACUUUUCAAAUUUCAAAGACAAAUUUUCAGAACUACAGAAAUCCAAGGAUGAAGGAAAAUCUUCACGCCCCCCUGCAAACAAUCGCAAUCGCAAUCGACCCAACACCAUCAAUCUGGGGCAAGAACUGCGAGCCCAGCGACCUAUGAGGCCCGGCAAGUCUCCAGAUACCCAGUCUGUGAAGUCACUGAAGGUUUACGGAACUCAAGCAAGGAAGAGUACGUACCAAAUCAUCGAGGAGAGGGAGAGGCCCAGCGACGACUCCGGGAUGGACCUCCCUUACAGCCGUGUUAGUAUCAAUCUACUAGGUGACCCCGACAUCCAGAAUGCCCUGAAUAAAUCGGCCAGUGCUGAAGACCUUGUCUCCCCUCAAAGGUUCUCCUUGAUUGAUGUAACGGAAGAAUCGGACUCCUCUUGUAACAGCUCACCCGCUCCAUCCUCCUUUUCCUCGCUCAUAGAGAUCGACUCUCACAGCAUCGGAUCAACCAGCACUCAGGACAGCUUCAGUGCUGUCCCAUUGGCCGAUGGCUCAGACUCGAUGAGUAACACCUCAGACUUGGAAAAUCCCGGCAUCCGCCCCGUAGCCCCUCCCAGGAGACGGAGAGUGGAGAAGAAGAAGGAGGACAAUGUGGUUGUGAAGGACCGGUUGAUCGGUGUCCGUACAUCGAAAGAGAGGCCCAAGCCUGCCCCCAGAAAGAGUCUGUCAGACGAAGUGAAAGUUGACAUCGCACAGAUUAAACCAGAGGGAGAACCAAAGAAAGAAGCAGCGGCUAAACCUUUGAUUCAGUUAGAUUCAGUAGAUGAUGACUUUGACCCCUUCUCCUCACCCAAAUCACAAACUGUUGGCACAGUUGAAACACUGAGAGAGAGAAGUGAGGGUUCUCCAUCUUUGCUGAGGAGGACAGCAGCGAUCAAGAAACCUAAUGGACGACCUUCACGAGAAAACUCUUUUGAAAAUUUAAAAGGUGGCAGUGCUGUAAAAGCGGAAAGAUCAUUGGAUGGCAUUGAAACGUUUGAUCCACUGUGUAACUCUUCUGCCAAACCAACCCAAAGCAAAGAGGAACAAAGGAAAAGUGUGCAUGAACUUAUGCAGAAUUGGGAGCUUCACACUCUAACAAAGUCACAGAAUCAACCUCGUUCUGAUGAAAAACCUUUUGCACAUAAAUCCCCACAUUUAGGUUUCCCUAGUCCGCCACAUUUCAUCUCUAGUCAAAAUACCCAUCAGCCACUUGCCAGACUUAGUCACUUUACUCCCCAUCAAAUUCAACAAGCUUCUAUGAAUGUAUCUAACAUGAAACUGCCCAACAAUUCCUCGCCCCAUUCUUCUGUUUGCUCUCAGCGUACAAGUGGUAGCUCUGUGGCGUCGACUGACCGUUCGUCAGACCCUUUCUCAGACCUUCUAGAACAGUCUCUCUCAAACAAAAGUGGUGAAAAUCCCUCCCCGAAGAAAAACUGGGAGACCUUUGACUGAAUGAAUGAGGACAAAUCGGACUGUGAAGAUUAUGUUAGAGGUGCUUAUUGUGAUAGCCUGUGUGACAUACUUUAUGCAGGGAAAUAUUCGCCACUGUUUUAUUUUCGCCCCUUUCGACCUCCUUGUUAGUGUGCAAAUUCCAAUUUCUUAAAUAAUAUCUCUUUUAACACUACUGUAUUAGGGCAAAUUAAAGAUUGGGAGAAGCCGUUUGCAAGUGUAAAGAGCGAAAAUAUCAUGGGGCGAAAAAAAACCCUGUAUACAGUAUUGGGACUUUGUUUUAUUUGAUAUUUGUUAAUUUUUCCACUGUCUUGGACAUUUUUCCUUGUUCUCAAUGGAAUUGUGUGACAUAAUGUUAGUGUAAUUUCAGUUUCAUUUUAAAAGAUAUUUAUCGCAAGUCUGUAUAUGAGUAAGAUAAUUUAGUACUCUAGACAUUCAGUUUUUUAAUAUUAACAACUCAACAAAACUACAUUGUACAUUGUAUAAUCAAAUCACCAGAAAUUGACUUUUGGUCUGGUACCGUUGCUGUAUAAGAACAUUGUUGUAUUUUUGUAACAAAAUGAGAUGCUAAAAUGACUUGGAAAUCUUAUACUACUGCCCUGUAUUAUCUGAAUUUUUGCCUUGAAAUUUACAUUUCCUUGUUGGAUAAGAUACAAAAUAAUGAUACAUAAGCUUAAUAGAAACACUUUUUCUCUACUUUCUUCAACCUUUUCAUUGAAACAAGUUUUAGGGUAAGUCAUCCCAACACUGAAAGAGAAAAUAUCUGAGUUGAAAGUCAGUUGUUUCAUAACAAGUAUGAUGGAAUAGAAUACAUUAAGAAAACAUUGUUCUGUAAAUCAUAAUUUAUAGACCCUCUAAGUGUUACAUGUAUAUUCAUAAUAAAGACUAAUUUGAUGGCAGUGAAUGAUUAUAAGUGUUUCACAAGUAUAUUCAGAAAAUGGUUCACAAUUUGUUACUUGACCUAGACUCCUCGGUAAUUGUUCCAGUUGUGUGAACCAGGAUUUAUACAGUUCCUUGCUUGUGAUAAAUUAUAACAGUAUUUUAUUCAAUAUGUGCAUUUCUCAGAAGACAGAAAUCAACUACAUUCCAAGAUAAAAUGGAAAUAAAUAAUGGACAUGUAAAGUACAUGUAUAUGUGUUUAACUCGAGGGUGCUUUAUACGUGUUUGUAAUAUUUAAACUGUCACCGUUUGUUACAAAAUUUUAUAGAUUAUGGUAACAAUAAAUAUAAUGUCAUUUUGAGUAAUGUCUGUUUAACAUGCAAGAUUUCUGUGUUUGAUAGAAGUUUUAUAUAUAUCAAUCAGUACCACAUUACAUGUACUUAUUUCUAAUGUUAAGCUUUAAAAGUGUUAAGAUUUUUGUAAGUGUAUAAAUUCAUAUUGAGCCUUACCAGGCUACAGUAUAUAUGAUGUUUGCUUAUGCAAAAACCUCCAAAUAAAAAAAAUGUUUUUAUCAUCAUUUUAAUUAAAAAUUUUGGGUCACUUCUUUUAGUACAUGUUCUUCUAUUGUCAGUCAGUAUGCACUAUGUGUUGUUUUGGCAAUUUGUUCCAUGUCUCUUGAGAUUUCUUUUUAAUUACCACAUGUUUUAUUCUGCUGUGCAUGUUAGAUCAAUUAUAUAUUUUUGAACAAAG